AUACAUUUUGUAUAUCGCUUUUUGGCCAUAUACGCGACAUGUAUGAGCGACAUUUUAAGAACUCGCGCAUGCGCAGUACUAUCAUUUCCUGUCGUCUUGUCGCCUGCCGCUUAUUUUGACGAUUAGCGCAUGCGUAGUACCAGGCUCUUUGGCGGCUGUUUGAGUUCUGGAGGUGCUGACUGUCGUUUGUUGUGUAUUUAUUUGUGUAUUGUGUCGUGUGUUACGCCCGCGUGUAAUACUUUAAAAUUUGCCGUGACUUCUUGGUCAAAACAAAAUACACUGCAUUUUAUAGAGGCAGUGCGCAGGCAUCCCUGUAUAUGGGAUGUGAAACUAGGAGACUAUAAGAACACUCAGAAAAGGUACGACGAGUGGGAGGAAAUUGCCAAGGCAUUUAACGUGUCAAGGAAGGAAUGUGAGGACAAGUGGCAUAAUUUAAAAAGCCAAUAUAGUCGCGAGUUAGCGAAAAGGAAGAGCAGCAAAGGAACUGGAAGUGCUACAAGCAAUGUGUACCACUCUUCAUGGUAUGCUUUUGAAAGUAUGCAGUUCAUAAGAGACAAUUACAAACCACUCUCUCAUAGGAGCACACAUGAAGUAGUACCAGUAAGUAAAUUUGUUAUAUUAUUUUAUUAAUCAUAUAUUUGGCAACAUUUUUUCGUGCUAAUGCUUUACAUAAUGUGAAUAUUUACAAUUUCACUGAAAAACAUGAUUCUCCAUACUGCUAUGGUUUGAAGUCCUGAAUACUGCAGAAGAAUAGAGCAUAUUACUUUAUGUCAUCAUUUAACAAUGAUGUGGAACUUAUUUUCCAUACUGCCAUGGGAUGGAGCCCUGAAUACUGCAGAAGUAUUCAGCAUAUUCUCUUCUGUUGUCAUUCAGCAAUGAAGUUCUUCGGCCAGUUCUGGGCAGUGGCUCCAGCACAGUAGGGGUGUCCCUCUAGGACCCAGGUAUUACGUUGCCAUCAUCUCCCUCUCUGUCGUAUGUUCCUGCUGGACAAUACCUUUGAGAUUUUCUGUUUUGAAGAAAAUUAUGUAAAUAAUUAUGUAAAUAACAGUGCCACCACUGUAGCCUUUUCCGGACUGAGAAGCAUUUGCUUCCUCAGCACUCUGUAAACAGCACUUAUAAUCCCAAAUACAUUUUCUAUUACUCUUCUUGCCCUG